UCCUCCCCUCGUCUACGCUGCUAGCAGAGUUAGCAAUAGCACUCUAGCCCCCAGCAGCUGUCGGUGGCAGUCAGUCAGCCUGUCAGUCCGAGUGGUGGUGCAUUUGUAAAGCUCACUUCUUCCCGUUGAUAAACGGGUAGGGCCGGAUUGUUUUCUUCGGGAGCCAACCGCUUCCAACGGGCCACUAGCGGUACAUUAUCGUUGUCCUCGCUGUCACGACAGGAAGACGCCCUGGGACAUGGCCAGACCAGAACAAGUCCUGGUGCUAGAGCCACAACACGAACUGAAAUUCAGAGGACCGUUUACAGAUGUUGUCACCGCUACUUUGAAGCUCACCAACCCCACAGAUAGAAAUGUGUGUUUCAAAGUCAAGACGACUGCACCUCGUAGAUACUGUGUGCGCCCAAACAGUGGCAUCAUCGACGCUGGGACCUCCAUCAAUGUUUCUGUUAUGCUGCAGCCUUUUGAUUAUGACCCCAACGAGAAGAGCAAACACAAAUUCAUGGUGCAGUCCUUGCUGGCUCCUUAUGACAUGACUGAUAUGGAAGGAGUUUGGAAGGAGGCAAAGCCUGAUGAGCUGAUGGAUUCAAAGUUGAGAUGUUCAUUUGAGAUGCCUCUAGAAAAUGACAAAACUCAUGAGAGCGAAAGCAACAAAACUGUGUCUUCCUCUGUUAAGACUGAACACUCUGUGCUGCCCAAGUCGGCCAGUGCCUCGCUGGACGACGGAGAGGGCAAGAAGAUCAUGGAGGAGUGCAAGCGGCUUCAGGGGGAGGUGCAUAGGCUACGGGAAGAAAACAAACAGAUGAGGGAGGAUGAUGGUCCGCGGAAGAGAAAGGUGACAUCAGGGGCUGCCCCUCACACCUCUAACACCAUGGCCACCACAGCCAUGAGGGACGAAGGCCUGAGCGCCCGCGUCCUGGCGCUCUGCUUGCUCUUCUUUGUGAUCGGAGCCAUCAUUGGCAAGUUGGUCCUGUGAGACAGACGGACAGAGCACAGUGACAGACGGGCGGACGGACAGCGUGCUCGGCACGACGCGUGUUAAUGACGGCAACGGGGAUGUCUUCUGGGUUUAUGUUGAUCUGUUCCCUUGUUUUCUUUAGCAGUUAAGGCAAUGUAUCCUGAUGGUGUGUUUGGAUGGAAAAUAAUGCAAAGUGUUAAAAGAAAACAAAGGAAGGCAAUCCCAAGUGAAACCACGAGUGUGAGCGUUUUUGUCCAAGGUCCAGCUUUUUUUCUGCUGCUUUUUUUUCCAUUUCUUUUUUUUUUUCUGUGAAAUAGUCACCGUGUUUGAUCCGUUCUUUCCGUCCAUCUCUCCUUCUUCCAUGACCUUCCCCAACUUGCACAGGUAAUAAUUAGUGGUGUGUGGAAGUGGCUUCACACUGGCUGAAUGUUUAAAGUCUUUUAUUGAUUUUUAAGUUCUAAAGUUCUUCACUCAUGCUCUCUCUAACUUCUGAUCUCUUCCAUUUAUAACUGAAAUGUACAAGGAGAGGUGAACACAGCUGAUCAGUGAAAGCUUUUUUCUAAAGUCAAACUUAAUGUACUAUCUACUUAACAGUUUGUGGUUUCAAACACACACACACACACACACACACACACAUAUAUAUAUAUAUAUAUGGAAGAAGCUGCAUGCAUGUGUUUUGUUUGUUUUGUUUUUUUCCUUUCUUUGCCUCCUCCGGGAGUGCCGAUGUGACUGACUGUGGAUGUUUUGAAAGUGAGGAGAACACAAACGGGGUAAUCACAGUCGGUU